GUACCCUUUCUCCUCACGCCUGCUCUGGUACCUCUGGUGUGCUUGUUGUGGAGAGUAGUCUUGGUUGCCUGCUGACGCCUGUUGGGUCUCCUAAACAGAAAUAAGGCUUCACCACCUGUGUGGAAGAAGGAUUGCACAGUAUGGCGUUAAACCUCACCAUCAACACAAGCAAUCCUCCUCUUGGGGCGCUCCUGGCAGCAGAGCACGUGAAGGCCAGUGUGCAGGUAUCAGUGGAGGAAGGCAAAGACACCCAGCUUCAUGUCUCAGAUGCGCUCAAGUUCAAUGAUGUCAACUCUAUCUGUCGGUACUUGGCUCGGGUGGCUCCUGCUCUCGGCCUCUAUGGAGCCAACAUGAUGGAGCAGACUGAGGUUGACCACUGGUUGGAGUUCAGUGCUCGCCGUCUGUGUGGUCAGCCUUUGACUGCAGCACUGGGUGAACUGGAUAAGGCUCUUUCCUUGCGCACCUUCCUGGUUGGACAUGCCCUUACCCUGGCUGACCUUUCUGUCUGGGCUGCCCUCAAAGGUGAUGAGGAGUGGCCAAACCAUGGCAAAUCCUUCUCCCAUGUCAGUCGAUGGUUCUCUUUCCUGAGCUCACAGGUUCCCUUCACUGCAGUGGGCGACAAAUACACCAGCAAGACACCUCCAAUGGGCAAGUCCAAUGAUGUUGGCAAGUUUGUGGAAUUGCCAGGAGCUGAGAUGGGCAAGGUGGUGGUUCGAUUCCCUCCUGAGGCCAGUGGAUACCUACAUAUUGGCCACGCCAAGGCUGCUCUGCUUAACCAACACUACCAGGUCACACUCAAAGGCAAGCUCAUCAUGCGCUUCGACGACACCAACCCCGAGAAAGAAAAGGAGGACUUUGAGAAGGUGAUCCUGGAAGAUGUUGCCAUGCUCCAGAUCCAUCCAGACCAGUUCACCUACACCAGUGACCAUUUCCCCACCAUAAUGAAGUUUGCUGAUCAGCUGCUUUCUGAGGGCAAGGCCUACAUCGACAACACGCCUCCUGAGCAGAUGAAGCAGGAGAGGGAGCAGCGCACUGAGUCCAAAUGCAGAAAUAACACGGUGGAACAAAACAUGAAGAUGUGGUCGGAGAUGAAAGCUGGGACAGAGUUUGGUCAGACCUGCUGCAUGAGGGCCAAGAUUGACAUGAACUCCAACAACGGCUGCUUGAGAGACCCCACCCUCUUCCGCUGCAAAAACGCUUCCCACCCUCGCACCGGAAACACCUACAAAGUCUACCCAACAUAUGACUUUGCCUGUCCCAUCGUGGACAGUUUAGAGGGUGUGACCCAUGCUCUUAGGACCACUGAGUACCACGAUCGUGACGAGCAGUUCUACUGGAUAAUCGACGCUCUGCGCCUCAGGAAGCCCUACAUCUGGGAGUAUGCCCGACUCAACCUCAACAACACAGUGCUGUCCAAGAGGAAGCUCACCUGGUUUGUCGACCAGGGAUACGUUGAUGGAUGGGAUGACCCUCGCUUCCCCACUGUCAGAGGAGUCCUGAGGAGAGGAAUGACCGUUGAGGGUCUGAAACAGUUCAUCGCAGCCCAGGGUGGAUCAAGGUCAGUGGUGAACAUGGAGUGGGACAAGAUCUGGGCUUUUAAUAAGAAGGUUAUUGACCCGGUAGCUCCCAGGUACACGGCUCUGUCCAGCUCCUAUGUGGUUCCUGUUUCCGUCCCAGAGGCUACAGAGGAGAUCAAGGAAGUGGCCAAACACCCUAAGAACACAGAGGUGGGCAUGAAGAAGGUUUGGUACGGACCUCGAGUUCUGGUUGAAGGAGCCGAUGCUGAGACUUUCACAGAGGGAGAGAUGGUCACCUUCAUCAACUGGGGCAACCUCAUCAUCACCAAGAUCAACAGAGGGCCUGAUGCUAAGGUUGUGUCCAUGGAGGCUCGACUAAACCUGGAGAACAAGGACUACAAGAAGACAACAAAGAUCACAUGGCUGGCUGAAACAGCCAGCGCCCCACUGCUGCCCACCAUCUGCGUCACCUACCACCCACUCAUCACCAAAGCCGUCAUCACCAAAGACGACGACUUCAAGGAGUACAUUAACAAGAACAGCAAGGUGGAGGAGAAGAUGCUUGGAGAUCCCUGUCUGAAGAGCCUGAAGAAAGGUGACAUCAUCCAGCUCCAGCGACGGGGCUUCUACAUCUGCGACCAGCCUUAUGAGCCAGUCAGUCCUAACAGCUGUAAGGAGAGUCCCUGUGUCCUGCUCUACAUUCCUGAUGGACACGUCAAGGAGAUGCCGACUGCUGGAUCCAAGGACAAGAGCAAGACCAAGGCCUCCAAAAACACACCUGCCACUCCUGCCAAGGCUGCCUCAACCCCUGCUCCAGCGCCUGCCUCAACCUCAUCCGGUGACUUAUUCUCAAGCAUUGUAGCACAAGGUGAAACUGUCCGCCAGCUAAAGACUGCCAAGGCUCCUAAAGACGAAGUGGACAAGGCAGUUCAGGAGCUGCUUUCUCUAAAGGCACAGUUUAAGAAGCAGACAGGUAUGGACUAUAAGCCGGGCAUGGAGCCUCCCACCUCUGCUCCAGCCCCACCCACCACAUCAACAGACUCCACCUCCUGCCCGUUCACCCGUGUUUCCCAGCAAGGCGAGCUGGUCAGGAAACUGAAGGCGGAGCAGGCACCUAAGGACCAGAUUGAUGUAGCAGUGAAGCAGCUCCUCGCUCUCAAGGCGGAGUUUAAAAAGCUGACGGGUCAGGAUUACAAACCAGGGAAGGCCCCUCCCACUCUCGCCUCCUCUUCUCCUUCACCUCCGACCACCAUCUCUUCUUCUUCCUCCUCCUCCUCCUCUCCCUCAGGCCUGUAUGAGCGCGUUGCACAACAGGGGGAGGUUGUGAGGAAACUGAAGUCUGAAAAGGCCCCCAAGGACCAGGUUGAUGCAGCAGUGAAGCAGCUGCUCGUCCUGAAGACGGAGUACAAACAGGCCACAGGCCAGGACUACAAGCCUGGAGCGGCUCCAGUUCAGAAAGCCCCCGCCGCUGCCCCGGUCCAGAACAAACCCAACCCUGCUCCUGCUGCCACCAACCUCUAUGAGAGGGUUGCUGAGCAGGGAGAAGUGGUCAGGAAACUGAAGGUUGAAAAGGCCUCCAAGGAUCAGAUAGAUGCUGCGGUGAAGCAGCUGUUGGCUCUGAAGGUGGAGUAUAAACAGCAGACCGGACAGGAUUACAAACCAGGAUUACAAGCCCCGGGUAGCGCUGCCCAAACCAAGUCCAACUCUUGUGUGACCCAGUCCAAUUCUUCCCCGGAGGCCCAGAAACUGUUCUCUCAGGUGGCCCAACAGGGAGAACUGGUGAGAAAGUUAAAGUCUGAGAAGGCCCCCAAGGACCAGGUGGAUGAAGCCGUGAAGACUCUCCUGGACCUGAAGACCAAGUACAAGACGCUUACUGGAGAGGAAUACAAACCAGUGGCUGCUGCUGGAGCCGCUGGAGGAGAGGACAAAAACCGCAAGGAGAGGGAGAACAAGUCUGAGAAACAGGGCGGAGGAGGAGGAGGAGGAGGGAAGAAGGGAAAAGGAGACAAAACCAGUCAGGGCAAGGAGGCCUCAGGAGGAACAGGAGGCUCAGGAGAGGGUCAAGGACCUAAGAAACAAACACGGUUGGGUUUGGAGGCCAAGAAAGAGGAGAACCUGGCUGACUGGUACUCUCAGGUCAUCACUAAAGCAGAGAUGAUUGAGUACUAUGAUGUGAGCGGCUGCUACGUGUUGCGGCCCUGGUCCUUCUCCAUCUGGGAGGCCAUUAAAGACUUCUUUGAUCGGGAGAUCAAGAAACUGGGUGUGGAGAACUGCUACUUCCCCAUGUUUGUCUCUCAGGCCGCCCUGGAGAAGGAGAAGUCCCACAUUGAAGACUUUGCUCCGGAGGUUGCCUGGGUAACCCGGUCAGGAAAGACUGAGCUGGCUGAGCCCAUUGCUGUCAGACCCACCAGUGAGACAGUGAUGUACCCUGCCUACGCAAAAUGGGUCCAGUCCCACAGAGACCUGCCAAUCAAACUCAACCAGUGGUGUAAUGUCGUGAGAUGGGAGUUUAAACACCCCCAGCCUUUCCUGAGGACAAGAGAGUUCCUGUGGCAGGAGGGACAUACAGCCUUUGCCACCAAGGAAGAGGCAGCUGAGGAGGUGCUCCAGAUCCUGGACCUUUAUGCCAGGGUGUAUGAAGAGCUGAUGGCGAUCCCUGUGGUGAAGGGGAGGAAGACGGAGAAGGAGAAGUUUGCAGGAGGAGAUUACACCACCACUGUGGAGGCUUUCAUCUCUGCCAGCGGCCGAGCCAUUCAGGGUGCUACGUCCCACCAUCUUGGUCAGAACUUCUCCAAGAUGUUUGAGAUCGUGUUUGAGGAUCCCAAGAGGCCGGGUGAGAAACAGCUGGCUUUCCAGAACUCCUGGGGAAUCACAACCAGGACCAUCGGGGUCCUCACCAUGGUCCACGGAGACAACAUGGGACUCGUACUGCCACCCAGGGUCGCCUGCCUGCAGGUUGUAAUCAUCCCAUGUGGGAUCACUGCAUCCCUGCCAGAGCAGGACAAGGAGGCGGUGUUGACCCAGUGCUCUAAAUACCUGAGCAAGCUGCUGGAUGCUGGCGUCAGGGUGAAGACUGACCUCCGAGACAACUACUCCCCAGGGUGGAAGUUCAACCACUGGGAACUCAAGGGAGUUCCUAUCCGUCUUGAAGUGGGUCCUAAAGAUGUGAAUCAGCAUCAGUGUGUUGCAGUGAGGAGAGACUCGGGCGAAAAGGUGACAAUUCCAGAGGCUGAGGUGGAGAAGAGGCUGGUCGCUAUGUUGGAGGACAUCCAGAACAACCUGUUCAAGAAAGCUUCAAACGACCUGAAGAGUAACAUGGUGGCUGCAGACACGAUGGAACAGUUCCAGAAACACUUGGACCAGGGCAAGAUUGUCCAGAUCCCGUUCUGUGGAGGAAUUGAGUGCGAGGAUUGGAUCAAGAAAACCACUGCCAAGGACCAGGACCUGGAGCCUGGAGCUCCGUCCAUGGGAGCAAAGAGCCUUUGUAUCCCCUUCUCUCCCCUGAAGACGCUGCAGCCUGGUCAGAUGUGUGUCAGCGGCAAGGAGCCUGCCCAGUACUACACCCUGUUCGGUCGCAGCUACUAAAAACCUGCUCUUCUGGAGCAUGAGGAUGAACAUCAGUCGAAAAGGGCUUUCCUACUUUGUCUCCUUUGUUUCUUCUUACCUGGUUUCUUGUAGGUGUCUAUGUUAAACAGGGGUAUGGAGGGGACUGGACUGUGGGGUUUUAGAAUGGGAAUAUGUUUUUUUUGUUUGUUUGUUGUGUUUUUUUUAACAUUGUUAUAACACACGUGAAAGAAAUUGGAGGUGAGAGAAAAAGGUUGUAGCGCCUCUUCUCUCAUUACUCUCUGAAGGUCAUGAACACCAACUGUCCAUGAGUGGUUUGUAUUAGGAUGGGAAGUACCACCAGAAACCAGGGAAGUGUUAAAUCUUUCCUGCGUCUGGCAGGUUUGUCAACACGCAAUGAGUCAUCUUUUGGAGUUCUUUCAAAACAUAGCAAGUAAAAUGGUCAAAGCAGCUGGUCGGUUUUGGAAAACCACUUCUGAAGUGAUAUUUAUUAUAAAUCUACUUAUCUAAUAUCUUAUGUUACCAACUGUCAAGAAGAAAAUCCAUUUAAGUUGCUGUCAACAUUUGUGAACGAGUGGGUUUGGUUCCUUUUGAAGUCUGGAAAAACUCUCAAAAACAAGUACUGAUGAAAACAUUUUUCUGACAAACAUAUUGUCUACUGCUGUCCGGGGGGAAAAAAAGUACUCCUUGCCUGCCAGAUGUCCCAUCUCAGCCAAACGGUCUCAGGAACUCUACAGGUAUCCGGACCUGUAGUUGAGCGGUUUUUCCCACAGCUUUAUCAGCCCUCCCUCUGUGACUGGUUACAGCAUGUACAGUAUGGUUCACAGCUAAUACAAAUUCCUCAGAUCCACCAGACCAAAUGAUGGAAAGCUGUAAUGAACUGUAUAUGGUUAAUAGCCUUCUGAAGCUUCUCUCCCAUUAAAGAAUACAACACUCUACAAGUUGUCUAAAAUAAAGCAAUUUUGAUGGCCAA